GGAGAGGGGCCGAGCGGCCGCCACGCCGGGAGAGACACGCGGGGAGAGAGACAGACAGACAGACAGAGAGGCUGGCGCUGAGGCUGGCGCUGCGGCGAGUGGGCGCCGUGUUGCCGGCAACAGGAGCGGCGCUAGUCCCCGCUCCCCGGGGCCGCUUCAUGGCCGAGGUGGAGGUGGAGGCGGGCGGCAAGCGGCGGCGGCGAGAGGCGGGGAUCGAGGCCCAGGAGCCGCAGAGCCCACAACCCCAGGCCCAGGCCCCGGCACAGGCCGCACCAACGCCGGGCAACGGGCUGAAGCGGGCGGCGGGGGGAGAGGGCGACGGGGCCGGGGGCGGGAAGAGCCCGAAGCGCAAAGUGGUUCUGCUGCUGGUUUACUCGGGCAAAGGCUACCACGGCAUGCAGAGGAACGUAGGUUCUGCUCAGUUCAAGACAAUCGAGGAUGAGUUGGUGUCAGCACUGGUGGGGGCCGGCUGUAUACCGGAGAACCACGGGAAUGAUAUGCGGAAGAUGUCCUUCCAGAGAAGUGCAAGGACUGACAAGGGUGUAUCGGCUGCUGGUCAGAUUGUCUCGCUGAAACUCUGGCUCAUCGACAACCUUGUGGAGAAGGUCAAUGAAAACCUGCCGCCCGGCAUUAAAAUAUUAGGGAUGAGGCGUGUGACAGGGCGGUUCAACUCCAAGAACACGUGCGAUGCCCGCACCUACUUCUACAUGCUGCCCACCUUUGCGCUUGGCCACAAGGAUGAGGGGGCUGGUCCAGAGACGUUCCGUCUGAGUACGUGUGCUCUGGGCCGAGUCAACAAGCUGCUGGGCUGCUACAAAGGCACUCACAACUUCCACAACUUCACGUCUGGGAAGGGUCCGAGAGACCCCAGCGCCAAGCGCUACAUCAUGGAGAUGUUCUGCGAAGCUCCCUUUGUGCGGCAGGGCGUGGAGUUUGCCGUGCUGAAGGUGAAGGGGCAGAGCUUCAUGAUGCACCAGAUCAGGAAGAUGAUCGGCCUGGUGAUUGCCGUGGUGAGGGGUUACGCUGCGGAGGCCAUCAUGGAGCAGAGCUGGGGCGAGGCGAAGGUGGACGUCCCCAAGGCCCCGGGCCUGGGGCUGGUGUUGGACACCGUCCACUUCGAGAAGUACAACCAGCGCUUCGGCAGCGACGGGGUCCACCAGGCUCUGGAGUGGACCGACGUGGAACCACAAAGGGCCGCCUUCAAAGAGGAUCACAUCUACCCCACCAUCGUCACCACGGAGCAGGAGGAACAGUCAAUGGCCAACUGGCUCAACACCCUACCUAUUCACGACUUCACUGCCACAGCCUCAGGCAACCAGCUAACGGACAACCAUUCCAAGAAGAUGAACGAUGAUGUGGAUGGCGGCAGUGAUGUGGGUGAAUCUGACUGAGGAACGGCCCCGUCUGGAUCGCACGCACCCUCGCCACGCUGGUGGUGACAGUGGGCUACCACUUGUGGCUACUGCUACCGACCUGU